CUAACAUCUAAAGAACAUUUAGUCGGAACUCUAAAAUAUUAAACAAGAAAAUCUGAAGAUUGCUGAAAACUCAACAGAUUCAAUUAGAUCCAUCUAGUAUAUUGUCUCCUUCCAUCGGCCAUGGACGGUCCAGACAGUACAAAGCAGGGAGGUUCUGAGCAGUCGGAGCUCCAGCGGCGGCAGCAGCGUGACCGGCUGGGCCGGGAGGAGGCCUUCUACCAGUUUGUCAACAAUCUCAGUGAAGAAGACUACAGACUGAUGAGAGACAACAACUUGUUAGGCACCCCAGGUGAGAUCACAGAAGAAGAGUUGUUGAGUCGUCUUCACCAGGUCAAGAAUGGCCCUGAACAGACCAGUGACAAUAACAGUAACAGCCCUGGAGAGAGCAGGGGAGAAGAACCCGGAGAGGCAGAAGGUGCACAGGAGGCGUCCAGCGGAGACUCGCUCCUGGACUGGCUCAACUCGGUACGUCGGACCGGAAACACGACGAGGAGCGGUCACCACGGCAACCAGUCGUGGCGAGCGGUGAGCAGAACGAACCCGAACAGCGGCGACUUCCGCUUCAGCCUGGAAAUCAACGUCAACCGCAACAUCGUGGAGCAGCAGACGCAGACGGAGGGCGAGCAGCCGGAGGGCGAGCAGGGGCCUCCAGAGGGGCCCGUGCCCGAGCCCGCGGAGCCCAUGGAGACUGCAGAGGUGGUGGAAGAGCCGGUGGUGGAGGAACUGGCUGUUAUUGUGGAACCUGAAGCUGAGAUAGAGCCUCUGAUUCCCGACAGCCCGCCCGCGCCCAGGGCGGUCGUCCCUCAAGUGCAGGCUCCGGGGCCCCCGGCGGAUCAGCCACGCCGGGGCCAGAUCAGGGCCCGCAGUCACAGCCCGGAACAGCGCAGGACCAGGGCUCGCACCGCCCGAAGCCGCUCCCCAGUCAACCUGGAUCGGGUGGACGGGGUUCCCCGCGGCCGACACGGGCCUCUCUCCCGCAGCCCAGACGCCCUCCCCGAGGCUCUGAUGGAGGGCAGCUCCAGGACCCGUCAGCAUGUUUUGUCUCGUCAGAUACCCACGGUGAAUUCCGUCGCCGCUGACACACAGUCCACCGUAACGGCCACAGAGCCUCCCUCAGCGCCUCCGGACGGAGAGGCCCCCACGGAGGAGGGCGGAGCCGGCAGCCGCCGCACCCCCACCAUCAUGCUGGACUUACAGGUGCGCAGGGUCCGCCCGGGGGAAUACCGUCAGAGAGACAGCAUCGCCAACCGCACCCGCUCCCGAUCGCAGACCUCCAACAACACACUCCUGUACGAGACCGAACGCGGAGGUUUCCGUCGGACCUUCACGCGCUCGGAGCGAGCCGGGGUGAGAACGUACGUCAGCACCAUCCGCAUUCCCAUCCGGAGGAUCGCGGAUCCGGGCCUGGGAGAGGCCACGUCUCUGGCCCUGCAGUCCAUCUUCCGACAGAUCAUGACGGGUUUCGGGGAGCUCAGCUACUUCAUGGACUCGGACUCGGACUCCUCAGACUCGAACCGCGGAGGCAACCCCUCCGCGGACGUCAGCGACCCUCUCGUUGCCCAGGAUUCCGCCGCGCCCGCGUCCGCCCCGCCCACCACGGCCGAGGCCUCCGCCAACUCGCCCGGAGGCUCGAGCGCGGAGGGCCGGGCGGAGGAGGCAGCGGAGAGGACAGAAAACGCGGCCCACGCGGGGAGGGAAACCCGGGCCAGGACGCGGCCGCCCAUGAGCCUGGAGGAGACGGGUUCGCUGCCCUUCCUGCGGCUGGCGCACUUCUUCCUGCUCAACGACGAGGAGGAGGGCGAGCAGCCGCGCGGCCUGACGAAAGAGCAGAUCGAUAACCUGUCCAUGCGGAACUUCGGCGAGAGCGACGCGCUGAAGACCUGCAGCGUCUGCAUCACGGAGUACGCCGAGGGCAACAAGCUGCGUAAACUGCCCUGCUCCCACGAGUACCACGUGCACUGCAUCGACCGCUGGCUCUCCGAGAACUCCACCUGCCCCAUCUGCCGCAGGGCGGUCCUGGUGUCCGCCAACCGCGAGAGCGUCGUCUAGCCAAAGCAGACCAUUCAGCACCCCGACAUCUUCUCAUACCUUUCUUUCGCCUUACCACGGUUUCGGUACCUUGUCAUGUCAGGUGUUGCAUUAACACGCGUAUAUUUCCAGUUUUGAAGCCAUUGGUAGGGUUGUGUUUUUUUUUUAAAGUAGAUCUGCAGUGGAUGGCCAAUGGCAGGGUGUCUUCUCUGACGUUACGCACCGCGUGUGACUGACCCACGUGUCGUGAGGGUGCACACGACAGGCGCAGGAACGGAAUCUGACCCAAACGUGAAACAUGCACUCAGACAUGUCAGAGAUGAAGAAUGUUACUCAUUGAAUGAGUGCUGUUUGUUAAGUGUACAGUGCAUUGAGUAAUAUUGAGUAAUAUUUUGGAGCAACACACUUAAAUGUAUUGAUGCGUAAUAUUUUGUUUAAUGUUUAAAAGAAAAGUUUAAAGUUAAAGACAGUCAUUAUGUCACCUAAUAAUAAUUUUGAAGAAGGUUGAAAAUGGAUUGCAGACUCUAACGGCGGGAUGACGGUUUGGACCUCCCGCUGAUCUGAGUGAGAGGUCCUAAUCCGCCGUUUUCACACGGGAGACCAAAUGCAAUUAAGUCAAGUAAUGGUAAACUACAUGUACAUGGCCUUUUUAGCGUUUACCAUCUUCAUUAACACAGUAUCAGGCAGUAUUCCUAGUUACACCAUGUUGUGAAAACAUGAAGGUGUUUAUUCUUGUUUGCUUUUCUUCCUGUUCUUUCUGUUCUGAUACUCGCCGAAUUGAAGCCCUUUGUGUCCUAAGGCCAGUGCUACCACGGCUCUGACGCUUCAGAAACAAACAAAAACAGUAAGGUUGUCCUGUCUCCCAGCAUCAUGUUCACAUCCAGUUGCUUUUGGUCUCAAAUCAGAUUCUGAUCUGGGCUUGUCGGCUUGGCUUUGUCUCAGCCAUGUUGGUGCAAUAAUUAUGAAAUGGGAAUACUGAAAAGUUAUAAACUAUAUAAACUUGUAUGUUGUUUCUAAACUGUUAUAGACUGUGAAUAUUCACACUUUAAUGAAGACUUCUUUCUUUUUAAACCUCAGCUUCUCUGAACAUUCUGAAUAUUGUAAUAGCACUAUUCAAUUGCUCUGGACUCAAAACACUUUAGCGAAAUGAGAUGUCGGUCUCUUGGCAUCUAACGGCAUCAUAGUUUCAGUGUCUGUGAGAGGAUCGUUACUUUCUUUCAA